AUGGAAGACUCAAAAAAGAAUCAAGCUUCAGUUGAUGAUUCAUUCAUCUCCACAACUGAUAGCGAUAAGAUAAAUUCGAUAAGCGGUCCCCGUUAUAUCACCUGGAUAUAUAAAUUAGAUAACUUUGGAGUAGAAACUCGUGGUAUUGAAAGAGUUUCAGUUGAAGAAAGAGAAUCUAUUGCCCAAUCUACUUCAAGAUGGUUUCAAUUUGUUCAAGUUAUUGGUCUUUGGUUUGCUGCUUGUGGUGGAUUAACUUCAAUGUCAUCUUACUUUUUACCUAGUUUGUUAUUUGGUUUAAAUUUACGCGACUCGAUGGUUAGUGGGAUCAUAUCUAUGAUUAUUGGAUGUCUUGUUCCUGCUUAUUGUGCCACUAUGGGUCCUAAAUCCGGAUGUAGACAAAUGGUUACUGCUAGAUUCUUAUUUGGCCAAUGGGGAGUUAAGUUUGUUGCAGUGAUAGCCAUUAUUGGUGGUGUUGGUUGGUCCGUUGUCAACUGUGUUUUGGGUGGACAAAUGUUGGUUGCAAUUAAUGGUAAUAUUUCUCUUUCAGUUGGUAUUGUGGUGAUCUCCGUUGUGAGUUUGAUCAUUGCCAUUUUUGGUAUCAGAGUAUUAUUAAAGUUCCAAACCAUCUUGUCAAUUCCAAUUUUCAUUGCUGUUGUGUUGUUUUAUGUUGUUGUCUGCAAGAAAAUUGGAUACAUUCCCGAAGCCAAUGAAUUAAUUAGACAAGAAGGAUUCUCCUCCUUAACCACCAGAGGAAACUGGCUUUCAUUCUUUGCUAUUGGUUACUCCAUCACUGCUACUUGGGGUUGUGGGGCUGCUGAUUACUAUAUCCUUUUCCCAGAAAAGACUCCAUCCUACCAAAUCUUUUGGGUCACUUUCUUGGGUAUCAGUGUCCCAACAACUUUUGUGGCUAUAGUUGGUACUUUAUGUGGAACCAUCGCAUUUGCAUACAAACCAUGGAAUGAUGCAUACAAUAAUUUAGGUGUCGGUGGUCUUAUCGUGCAAACUUUUGAUGUCUGGGGUACUUUUGGUAAAUUUGUUGCAGUGGUUCUUUAUCUUUCCCUUAUCUGUAAUAACAUUAUGAACACUUAUUCCAUUGCUUUUGAAUGCCAAUUGAUUGAUCAAUAUUUAUUAUAUAUCCCAAGAUGGAUCUGGGCGACAAUAAUGACUGCCGUCUAUAUUGCCCUUUCAUUAGCUGGUCGUGAGCACUUCCUGACUAUCUUAAGUAACUUUUUACCUAUGUUAGGAUAUUGGAUAUCCAUGUAUAUUGUCUUAUUACUUGAAGAAAACUUGAUUUUUAGAUCAACAGUCAAAGUUCGUAAGAUGUUACAUGAACUGGAAUAUCAAGGUGAGAAUUAUCAUUUACUUUAUAAUUGGAAGAAUUGGAAUAAACCUAAAGGAAGAACCAUCGGGCUUGCUGCUAGUUUGGCAUUCUGCGUCGGUGUGGUAGGUGCUAUAUUAGGAAUGAACCAAGUGUAUUAUCAAGGAGUGUUGGCUAAAAAGAUUGGUGAUUAUGGUGGUGAUUUGGGUAUGUGGCUUUCAUUUGCAUUCACAGGAAUUACAUAUCCAAUAUUCAGAUACAUCGAAUUAAAAAGAUUCAGCAAGUAG